CGUGGUGCUCUAGCAUAACAACAUGACAGAGCUCACUGUGACAUCUCUGGACAUGAAAUGGACUUGAAUCGGGAUAAAUAGAGCUUUACAGAUUUUAUAUUAAGGAUGAGAACCUUUUAUUGUUCCUUUGCGGUAUAUCUCAUCUUGUGCUUCAUAAAACCUCAUUCUGGAGAUGAAUUCAAGGCACAGGAUUCAGCUUUGGUUGUGCAUAGGAGGGAAGACGACGCUGGAGCCAGCACCGUGGACCAGGUCGUACACGAUGACAAUCAGCAUUCCCCCAAAUUGACAGACACGGACCAUGCACUCAACCUGCAGUCUCCCGCGGCACAUGCCGAGGAGAUUAAUAGUAGACAGAAUGAAACAGAAAAUUCCAGCAAUGACACACUCCAUCCCACCACCCAUGCGACCAAGGCUGCAACCCCAGUUCCUCCGACAGUGAAGCCCAUCCUUCCAGUGCAGACUGGUGUCAAGGCCCAGGAGGAAGAGCAGUCCAGUGGAAUGACCAUCUUCUUCAGCCUGCUUGUCAUUGGAAUCUGCAUCAUAUUGGUGCACUUGCUUAUUAAGUUCAAACUCCAUUUCCUUCCUGAGAGUGUGGCCGUGGUGUCACUGGGGAUCCUGAUGGGCGCCUUCAUAAAGAUCAUCGAGUUUCAGGAGUUGGCCAACUGGAAGGAGGAGGAAAUGUUUCGCCCCAACAUGUUUUUCCUGUUGCUCUUGCCCCCCAUCAUCUUUGAGUCUGGGUAUUCGCUACACAAGGGAAACUUCUUCCAGAACAUUGGCUCCAUUACGCUGUUCGCCGUGUUUGGGACCGCCAUCUCUGCCUUCAUUGUGGGAGGUGGAAUUUAUUUCCUGGGCCAGGCAGAUGUGAUCUACAAGAUGACCAUGACUGACAGUUUUGCCUUUGGAUCGCUAAUCUCAGCAGUGGACCCUGUAGCCACCAUUGCAAUCUUCAACGCCCUCAAUGUGGACCCUGUGCUCAACAUGCUGGUGUUUGGAGAGAGCAUCCUCAACGACGCCGUCUCCAUCGUCCUCACCAACACUGCCGAGGGCUUCGCUGGCUCUGACAACUCGUCGGUGACAGGCUGGGAGACCUUCCUCCAGGCGCUGGGCUACUUCCUCAAGAUGUUCUUCGGCUCAGCCGCACUGGGCACGCUCACAGGCCUCAUCUCGGCCGUCAGUCUGAAGCACUUUGACCUGAGAAAGACUCCGUCUUUAGAGUUUGGGAUGAUGAUCAUCUUUGCCUACCUCCCCUACGGCCUAGCAGAGGGGAUCAAGCUCUCUGGUAUCAUGGCCAUUCUGUUCUCAGGGAUCGUCAUGUCUCACUAUACCCAUCACAAUCUGUCUCCUGUCACGCAGAUCCUCAUGCAACAGACCCUGCGUACUGUGGCCUUUAUGUGUGAAACGUGUGUGUUUGCCUUCCUGGGCCUGUCCAUAUUCAGCUUCCCUCACAAGUUUGAGCUGUCCUUCGUCAUCUGGUGCAUCGUGUUGGUUCUGUUGGGCCGAGCAGUAAACAUCUUUCCUCUGUCCUUCCUGCUCAACUUCUUCCGGGACCACAAGAUCACGCCUAAAAUGAUGUUCAUCAUGUGGUUCAGCGGCCUGCGCGGGGCCAUCCCCUACGCCCUGAGCCUGCACUUGGGCCUGGAGCCCAUUGAGAAGAGGCAGCUGAUCGGCACCACCACCAUCGUCAUCGUGCUCUUCACCAUCCUGCUGAUGGGCGGCGGCACCAUGCCCCUCAUCCGCAUCAUGGACAUCGAGGAGAGCCAGUCGCGACGCAGGAACAAGAAGGACAUCAACCUCAGCAAGACCCAGAAGAUGGGUAACACCAUUGAGUCGGAGCACCUGUCGGAGUUGACGGAGGAGGAGUACGAGGCUCAUAUCGUCCAGAGGCAGGACCUGAAAGGCUUCAUGUGGCUCGAUGCCAAGUACCUUAACCCCUUCUUCACCCGCAGGCUCACCCAGGAGGACCUGCUUCACGGCCGCAUCCAGAUGAAGAGCCUGACCAACAAGUGGUAUGAGGAGGUGCGACAGGGCCCCUCCGGCUCCGAGGACGACGACGACGAGGCCGAGCUCCUCUGAGCUCCACGAAGGUCAAAGGUCAAGGCAGGGUCAAGGGUCAAGGUUGUGCACUUGACCCCAACGGCAGUCAGUGGUACCAGCGCAGAGGCGUGGCCUCUACUAACCUGCACAUGAGCACUUGGUGGAUCCCAACCACUUGACCCACACAGCGCACCCCUCCUCUGGAGCAUACCAUUGAGCCAAAUGGGGCUGCAGUGUCAGGAACGCUGUGGGACAACGCAGCUGUUAUGGGAUACGGGGGUGGACUUACUGACACUGUGGAAGUGUUGGAUGAAAAAGGUGAAUAAUGACAGGGAUUGUAACGGGAACUCCAUUGAAGAAUUAACGUUUUAUUUUUCAGAAAAAAAGGACAGGUGUAAUGAAACUGUUCUUGUGCACAUUUUUCUGUGUUGGAACUUUUUUUUUCUUUUUUCACUUUGUGUGUCAGAUUUAUGGAGGGAAGGCAGCACUAGUGAAUGUUUUGCUUUAGACUUUUGAUCGUAAAUGUGAAAUGCUUGUAACACUUGUUUUUUUGUAUUUAUUGGGAGAGGGAUAAUGCUAAUAUGUCUUACACAAAUCUUUCACAUGCUUUAAUUUUGAUGAUUCAUUUUGUAUUUGUUUACAUGAACGAAUUGAUGGAAGAUAAUGUUGGGAAAGCAGAACACAGUUUCAUUAUGAAUGUUUGUAUGUCGAGGAAAUGCUUUUAUAAUGUGCAAUCAGUAGUUGUAAUAAAACUCACACCCUCACUCUA